CGCAUUCCCUUAUCUACCAAUGGAAUGCAACAGCUGCAGCAGCCUGUGAGCGUGUGUGUUUUUGUAUGAGCGUGUUUGUAAAAGGGGGAGGGGGACGGUCAUGGUGGGCCAGCAAGAACCCCCCUGAAAGACCCCCAACUCUCAACCCCCCCCCAACCCACGUUUUCUCUCAGCUGGGAUCCCGAAAGGCAGCUCAACCAAACAUAAGUGUGAGAGACACAGAGAGAGCGAGAGACUCGACAGGGCAGCUCGCUCCGAGCAGACAGAGGGGGAAAACUGGAGAGACUGAGAGAGAAAGAGAGGAGAGCAGAAAGUAAGGGAAGUGGAGCAGGGUCCCUUGGAGGGGGGUUGAAGAGGUGAGCGAAGGGUGAAAGGAAGAGAGGCAAGGGAGAGGGAAAGACAAAGACGGGGAUUGCGAGAGGGAAAUGGCUUCGGAGGAGAGCGCUGGAGGAGCUCGGAAAGCCACCAAGAGCAAACUAUUUGAGUUCCUUGUCCAUGGAGUGCGACCUGGCAUGCCAUCAGGAGCAAGAAUGCCUCACCAGGGUGCACCAAUGGGACCUCCUGGACCACCAUAUGUAGGAAGCCCUGCUGUCCGGCCUGGACUUACCAAUCAGGCCAUGGAGACCAGCCGCAAACGACCUGCUCCUUCCCAGCAGCAGGCUGUACAGAACCGAAACAGGAAGAAGCCUGUGGGAUUUCCUGGACCCAAUGAGAUGCCAGGGAGGCAGAUGGAUAUGAGAGAGGCCCAAUCAGAUCCCACACUUGGAUCAAAUGCCAAGAGGAGGAAGAUGGCUGAUAAGAUCCUUCCACAAAGGAUUCGUGAGCUUGUUCCAGAAUCCCAGGCAUAUAUGGACCUGUUGGCAUUCGAGCGCAAAUUAGACCAGACCAUAAUGCGUAAACGCGUGGACAUCCAAGAGGCACUUAAGAGGCCCAUGAAGCAAAAGCGGAAACUGCGUCUCUACAUUUCCAACACUUUCAACCCUGCCAAGCCUGAUGCAGAGGACUCUGAAGGCAGCAUUGCAUGCUGGGAGCUGCGUGUGGAGGGCAAACUGCUGGAUGAUCCAGGAAAGAUGAAAAGGAAGUUCUCCUCGUUCUUCAAGAGCCUGGUGAUAGAGCUAGACAAAGACCUUUACGGCCCUGAUAACCAUUUGGUAGAGUGGCAUCGUACUCCAACCACCCAGGAGACUGAUGGGUUCCAGGUGAAGAGGCCUGGUGAUGUUAAUGUACGCUGCACUCUGCUGUUAAUGUUGGAUUACCAGCCGCCUCAGUUUAAACUGGAUCCUCGACUGGCUCGUCUACUGGGCAUUCACACACAGACUCGCUCCAGUAUCAUUCAGGCACUCUGGCAGUAUGUCAAAACCAACAAACUGCAGGAUUCCCAUGAUAAAGAGUACAUCAACUGUGAUAAAUACUUCCAGCAGAUCUUUGACUGUCCACGCCUGAAGUUCUCCGAAAUUCCACAGCGCCUCACCAAUCUUCUACUGCCCCCCGACCCUAUUGUCAUCAACCACAUCAUUAGUGUUGAUCCUAAUGAUCAGAAGAAGACGGCGUGCUAUGACAUUGAUGUGGAGGUGGAGGAUCCACUUAAAGCUCAAAUGAGCAGCUUCUUGCUCUCCACAGCCAAUCAGCAAGAGAUUGCCUCCCUGGACAACAAGAUCCAUGAAACUAUUGAGUCCAUUAAUCAGCUGAAAAUCCAGAGAGAUUUCAUGCUCAGCUUCUCCAGAGAUCCCAAAGGCUACAUCCAGGACUGGCUCAAAUCCCAGAGCAGAGAUCUCAAACUUAUGACAGAUGUUGUUGGGAACCCAGAGGAGGAAAGGAGAGCAGAGUUUUAUCAUGAGCCUUGGUCUCAGGAGGCUGUCAGCCGUUACUUUUACUGCAAGAUUCAGCAGCGAAGACAGGAGCUGGAGCAAGCCUUGGCCAUGAGGACCACCUAGAUCCCAGACUGACCACAUUUAGACACCAUUUGUGACAACUUAGUCUAAGCCACAUGAAGAUCUCUGCAUUUCUUUUCCCACAGUGCAUCAGAAUUUGAGUCAUUGUCGUCACUGUGACCUACAAUUUAGAGUACUAUACUGGACCAAUCACACCCUUUUACCCCAAACAGCCCUUGCUGUGUCCUGGAUGACAUGAUUUCACAAUACACAAUUUGGAUUUCUAGUUUUAAAUAUUAUUCAUGUUCACCAGCGUUUUGAACUUAAUUCUAAAGUCUGCAGAGCAGGAUUCAGCCGUAGUCAUGGUUACCUCGAUUGUGAUUCAACCUUCCUUCCUCUGUCAUCAAUUUCUGGUAUUCACACACAUUUUUCUGUGAUUAACAUAGUCUUUUGUUAAGGUAUUGAUGUCUCAUCUAGCCCAUCCGUCAUCAAAUUUUGCUCUCUUUUUUUUUCGUGAGAGGAAGAGGGGUCAUUUAGUUUUAUCAGUGUUGAAAUGGAGUGUCAAUGGUGCUAGGAUAAUGGGUAUGUCCAUUAUUUUACACUUUUAUUCAGAAGUGUAUUUAUUAUGUACGUUAAGGCAGGCAGCUUUUUAAAGAGCAUAUUUCAUAAUUAAAUUAACUGGUGGCUUACAGGGUAUAUGUUAAUCUCUGCUGUCCCUAUCACAAUAUUCAAAUUUAGCUGCAUUAAAGUGAAUAUCGUACACUCACUGAGCACCUUAUUAAGAACACGAUGGUGGUCUUCUGCUGUUGUAGCCCAUCCACCUAAAGGUUCGACAUGCAUUCUGAGAUGCUAUUCUGCUCACUACAAUUGUACAGAGGGGUUAUCUCUGAUAAGAAUUACCGUAGCCUUUCUGUCAGCUCCAACCAGUCUGGCCAUUCUCCAUUGACCUCUCUCUUCAACAAGGCAUUUUCAUCUGCAGAACUGUUGCUCACUGGAAGUUUUUUGUUUUUGGCACCAUUCUGAGUAAACUAUAGAGACUAUUGUGCAUGAAAAUCACAGGAGAUCAACAGUUACAGAAAUACUCAAACCAGCCUGUCUGGCACCAACAAUAAUGCCACGUUCAAAAUAACUGAUAUCACAUUUUUCCCCCAUUCUGAUGGUUGAUGUGAAUAUUAACUGAUGCUCCAUAUCUGCAUGAUUUUAUACAUUACAUUGCUGCUACACGAUUGAUUAUCGCAAAAGUGAGUGUACAUCUGAACAUUGAAGGAUUAAAGGAGGUGGUUUAAAACCAGUAUUUAAGGGGGCCUGGUUAGCUCAGCAAGUAAAGAUGCUGACUACCACACCUGGAGUCGCAUGUUUGAAUCCAGGACAUGCUGAGUGACUCCAGUUAGGCUUCCUAAGCAACCAAUUGGCCCGGUUGCAAGGGAGGGUAGAGUCACAUGGGGUAACCUCCUCAUGGUAGCUUUAAUGUGGUUCUCGCUCUCGGUGGGGCACGUGGUGAGUUGCAUGUAGCGUGAAGCCUCCACAUGCGCUAUGUCUCUGCAAUAAUGCGCUCAACAAGCCACGUGAUAAGAUGCGUGGAUUGACCAUCUCAGAAGUGGAGGCAACUGAUAUUCGUCCUCCGCCACCCAGAUUGAGGCGAGUCACUACGCCACCAUGACAACCUAGAGCGCAUUGGGAAGUGGGCAUGCCAAAUUGGGAAAAGAAGGGGAGGAAAAAAAUAUAUAUUUAAAAGCUGUUGACAUAGUCCAGAUAUGGAGCAUCAGUUAGUUCACAUUGAAGGGAUUUCAGUAAAGUCAGUGUUUUCAAUCUUUCACUUACUUGAAGAAAUGAUAUGAAGUCGCACCGCAUACUAAAUGUAACACUCAGAAAUAAAACAAUUAGCUGAUUCAGCAAUCAGCUAGAUGAAAGUGAGUAUAAUGUAAUAAGUCUUUAAUAAGAUCUUCCUUUAUGCGUCACCAAAAUAUUUUUUACCACCUUUUUAUCAUUUUCUGAGUAUUUAAAUUGUGCAGUUUCAAAAACAUCUCGUGUUUUUCACAGCAUCUUUCUAUUUAAAUGUUUUUGUUUGUUUUUUUGCUUUCAUAUUUUAUGUUUUACCAAAGGUCUAAAAUGCAGCAAAAACAGUGUUCAGACUUUGAUUAGAUAAAGGAUUUGUAAAAAAAAUUGCAUUCAGUAUAUGCCUAUGCAUAACUGUGAAAAAAAUACUUUUUAAUAUUGCUCUAUGACUUUUCAGAGUCUUUGCACUAAAUCAUGGAUCAUAAAUGAGCACUUUGAACUCACUCUUUUUAAUCAUAUGUCACUUAAAUGAGACAAAUGAAGGAUAAACAAGGGGAAUAAAUGUUACAAUGUUGCCAACACUGUACUGCCAUGUGGCAUUAUAGACUAGUUUCAUCAUUGCAGUAUACUCCUGGAUUCUCAUUGGCUCUGGAUAUUGGUCCUGAACCCUCUGAUGGUUCUUUAGUGUCAGAUGGGUGAUGAAUUGUCCAGGUCAAUUAUUUGGGGUUCUUGCAGUCUUGCCUGUGACUCAGCUUCUCAUGGGGAGAGAGGAAUGCUGAUGUCUUUGGGAAUGACCUCUGUGUUGUUACUCAAGAGUAUUUUUUUUUUAGACCUAUGCAUGCUGCAUGGCACAUUUUUAUACUUUCAUACAAGGACAUGAGAACUCUGUUUACUGGGGACUUGAGCAGAAAAGUCCCAAUAUUUAGUUUGUGACCCUCAGUGUUUGGGUCAAGACGCAGCCUCUACAUUCAAUCCUAACAUGUACAGGCCAUUUUAGGUUAUAUGUUGUUUUUUGUUUGUUUAGUUUUUUUAAAAACUUUGCAAUUAAAUUUGUGGAUAAGAGAAGCACACCAAGGAUGUUUACCACAACUACUAGAGUACCAAGCUGUUUUGGCAACAAGUGCACCUCCCAUUGAAUGUCAUGGGUACUACAUGUAUAGUGUCAGCCAUUUUGAACAUUGUAAACUUGAAAUAACAGUUGUAACAAAGUCAUUAUAACAUCUGCCUGUGGUAGCUACUGAGCAAGGUUUUCUAAUGUGUAAAGCAGUCUUUCUCUUGCUCCAAGUGGUCAAGUGUUCACUGCUACUGCCUCACAUGCUUGUUUAGAACCAACUGUCCAUAAAUCAUGUGGUCAGUCACUGCGGCCUUUGUGGCACAGUUAAUGGGAUCUCACUGCCCUCUAGUGCGUCUUUAAGGGAAAAAUCUUUCUCCCAAACAGUCUGGGGACACAAAAAGGUUUGCUCAUUCAGAUCACUGUUCAUUCCAUGCCACACAAGUAUUUAAAUAUUUAAUCUCAGAUUAACAGUUCCUUUAGGUUUUAAGUCUAUUCGAAACCUUCUCUAUAACUAAGUUUCGGUUAUUGUACCAGUUUCCUCUUCGAGUUUGUUCAUAGAAGUACUGCAAAUGGACAUCUGGACAAGUUGGUUUUAAUGAUACACUACUAAAUGUAUUUUUUGGUAACACUACAAUAAGGUUUGGUUUGUUAACAUCAGUUAAUGCAUUAGGUAUCAUGAACUAACAAUGAACAAUAAUUAACAGGGACUAAACUAAAUGUUUUUCAUUUUGGUUUGUUCUGUGCAGAAACUGUAUAUUUUUCCUUCUGGUUCCAGAAUUCUGCUGACUCUUUCCAGCUGGUAAACAUUUAAUGAAAUUAAAGAAUUUAUUUAUUAAAAAGUAAUUGGUAUAAUUUUAAAAACGUACUGUAAUAAACCAUUUAGACUGUGGUUUCAUGAAAAAAUUAACCAGCAGCCAAAAUUACAAAAUACAUUUUCCACUCCAGAACAAUUAAAUUGGACUUCGUUCCCAUUUAUGGUUACAUUCAGCAAAGAUAUUAGUUUAUUUUCAAUAAAAAAAGUUUUUUUACAGCAUUUAUUAAUCUUGGUUAAUGUGCACAAUUGCAUUAUGUAAGUACAAAGAAUUAACUCCUGCAAACAUGUACAAUACAUAAUACAUUUAAAAAAUGUAUUAGUGUCUUCAAAUUAACAUGCAAGUCCUGUGAAAUUCAUUGUUAAUGUUAACUAAUGUAGUUAACUACUGUUACUACAACCUUAUUGUUAAGUGCUACCAUAUUUUUUGUCUCUUGCAGUUUGUACAAGUUUGCUGUCUCACCUUGUUCAACUGUUCACCCAGAUUAGUACGAAGCUACAGAAGUACCUGUAAAAGACAGUGAGUUUGUAAAUAAACAAGCGCUUGCCAAAGUUUGCGAAUGAAACACCAUACUGAGUUUAUUCUCAAGAAGUGUAUUUAUGUGAGUAUGAAAAAGCGAAAAAACUAGAUAGAGUUACACAUGGUUUGAUAAUAAGAUUGUGGUAGUUGAGAAUAAAAGAUUAAUUUCUGCUUUUGAGCCAAUUUUUGUGUGUUUAUUCAUCCGGGAAUUAAAUAAUUCAGCAUUUCUUUUAAUUUUAUGAAAUGCUCUAAUAGGACAGAUUGAACAUUGCAGCAUUGUCCUAAAGUCCAAUAAGAAGAAACUUGUGUUUUUCAUCCAGCACUAGGCCACACCUUCUGCUUUGAAAUAACCUUUCACUACCUCUACUUUUGAUCGGGCAAAAUCAACAGGGUCCCCCUCUGUUCUUGAAAGUACAUGAAAAAAAAAGGAAGGUGGAAAAGAGUGCAGUAAGAAAGAAGACUUUCAAACAUGCAGUCAGAGAGAAUUUACUGUAUUUAUCCACCAUCCCUGUGGAGGAUUACAAGAGGCCCCAUUUCACAUGAAACCAGACAUAUCAGUCUGGUCACUCUAAAUAUAGUGUAGGUAGUGAGUAAAUGAUGAGAGAAUUUUCAUUUUUGGGUGAACUAUCCCUUUAAUCCUUAGCAAUUGUUUAAAGAAUGAAUAAGGGAGAGUUAUUGUUAAAUUAGGCCACUUCUUUGUGUAAAUCAUGAAUUGAGCUAUAAACAAUCUAGAGUUCAUGAAUGGCUGAGGAAAAGCUACUUUAUAAGAAUAUGUAAAAGUGUUAGCUUUAAUUAAUAGCAUUUAAUUUGCAGCAAAAAAAUGGUUUAACAAGCUUUCAUUUCAAAAUGACUGGUAUAUACACCGAUCAGCCACAACAUUAAAACCACCUGCCAAAUAUUGUG